AUGUCCUGGUUGAACCGACAUCCAAAACUGCGAAGCGAGGAUUGGGACCUCUUAGAUUUCGAGCCCCAUCCAAACGAAGCCUUUACUAUCUCGCUAAAUGAACCGUCAUGCCAAUCAGAAGACAGUAACAACCCCGGUAACGACUCUACUGUCACGAAGCAAACAAGCCGCAAACAUCUUGAUGGGGAAUCGGACCUUGAGCAAUGGCUGAAACAGAUCUCCGAUAGUACACCAGGGCAAAGUGCCUCGGUCGAUGAGACAAACAACAACUACUCAACCAUCAAUCUUAUCUUGGCGUCACAAAUGUCAUCACUUGAUGAACUUCCGUUUACGCAAAAUGCGUUCUCGGAAAUCAUGAGCCAAAUGGAUAUCCAUGGAUCGAUUGUUCGUGCUAUCAAUCGAAACACGCAGUGCAUCUUCUCAGCGCUUCCUUUCAACUGGACCUGUGGUGACUCAACUAUCCCAUCAAUCGUAUACAAUUGUCGCACAGCUGGCUCUUGGGAAGGUGACAUGGCACUAUCCGUCACUUUCUUCCCCGAAACCUUGACGACCGAUGCCGUCUGGUACGGCUGUGAUAUGAAAGAGCAUCGGUCAUAUGGUCACAAUCUUACCAAUGCCGAUAUCAUCACUAGCCGAUUGACGAACUUUGACGGUGACUGCUUUCAUCCAUUGAUCCUCCCAACCAUGUUUGCAGAGUUCGAAAGAGAGAGACAUGUUGGAUUGGUGCGGAAGUACAUGACUCAGUCGGUUCAGAGAAUCAAUGAUCUUGCAUAUCCCAACCUGCAUGCAAAUGAAAGAAGUGAGACAGAUUCGUCACGGCUGUCGGAGAAGAGGAGCGACGGUGAUUACGACUUGCCUAAGAAGCUCAAGACCGUACUGUCUCAUCUUCGCCCGGUCUCACGAACAGAAGCAUCUACGUCCACAGAAAAGACCUUAGCUAGCCAGAAUACUAGAUACACACAGCCAUGGAUGGAAGAAAAAGAUGCUCCAGAGCCGGCUGUCAUACUGUGGCAGAAUACCAGCUUUCUCAGCAACGGCCUACUCAACUGGCAAACCCAACUGAGGAAAAUGCUCCAGCAAGUCCAAGACCUGGAGGAUACACACUUCGGGAUUUCCACAGCUGAAAACAGCCCAAAGGUAGAAUGCAAAUUGGCCAGACUUUGCACCGUUGGGACCCGGAUCAAGACAAGGAUACAAGAUCUCAUUGAUGAGUACGAUGAGCAUAUCCGACAGUGCAAUCACAUCAACGAAGGACUAAGGCUAGCUACACAACUCGAACUCAACGACAUUGGCCACAAGGAUGCCAGAACAAAUCAAGAGAUAGCUCGUGUCAAUCUAAAGGUAGCCCAAAUGACCCGUCUCGACAGUAGCUUGAUGAGGUCGAUCGCCACACUAGGAAUGAUAUUCCUUCCAGCCACGUUUGUAUCUACCUUCUUCUCCAUGGACUUUUUCAGGUGGUCGGGAGAAGAUGGAAAGAGUCAAGAGCUGAUUUCCUCUUAUUUUUGGGUUUACAUCGUUGUUGCAAUUGGACUUACCGUGUUGACAAUGUCGAUUUUCUAUUCUUGUGUGUUGCGGGCUCCUUCGGUUGAAGUUGAUGAAGAGUCUACAUGUAGCCUGGAGAACAUUCCAAAGUAG